AUGGGCGAGUCGGGCCCCGAUGACGCCCCGAUGCCUGCCGCGCUCAUCAUGAUGUGCCGGCCCAGGGGAGCGGGCAAGCGGCGCGAGGGCACGAAGCGCGCGAGACGCGCCGCGGAGUUCCGCCGGCGCCUCGAGGAGGCCGGGGUGUGGCGCGGGGGGAUGAGCGCGGACCGGCCGCGCGACGUGGAGGCCGUGUUCGCCCUGCUGCCCAACCCCGCGGUGACGGCAGUGCCGCUCACCCGGGAAACGCUGCCGGCGGCCGCCGCGACCGCGGAGCCCUUCCUGCGCCUCGUGGUCAAGCAGGCGAAGCCGGGCGCGUCGGAGCAGGCGCUUGAUUACGCGCACCUCCAGCCCGCGCCGGGCUUUCCCGCCAUCCCGCCCAGGCAGGUCCUGGUCCCGGCGCAGGAGCCCGGCGGCGCGCCCUACCGGCCCGAGCCCGGGGGGCCGACGCCGGACCUGGUGACGGUCGCGGACCAGGUCGCGCUGGCGAUCGCGUGCGCGAACAAGAACCUGGUGCCCGAGGAGGGCUACGGAUUCGCAUUCGAUGCCACCCUAGUGAGCCAGAGCGAGGUCGUGUUCGGAUCACAACCGCGCUACUGCUGGAAGCUGUCGUGA